AUGAACAGACGCAAAGGAGGACGACACGAGGAAUUCACUCCGAGAACACAACCGACGCUGAUUAGCCCACCAGACCACACCAUGCAUCACCUGAUCUUGAUCCUAUCAUGUUUGGUACAAAUGAUAGAGGCCUACACCUACGAACCUGCCAAAACCGUCACUCUGACAGAAGGACAGACUGCAACAUUCAUCUGUCCUAUUUAUCUUGAAAUUUGGAGCUCAGGACAAAUUCGUGCAUAUUAUGCCGAAUAUAACAAAUACUUAUGCCGAGAUCCCUGCGGGCCCCACGAUUGGAAUUCAAUUAUUGCCGCCACUAACAAAGCCCUUGCUCCAAACAGAGACUCCCGUUUCACAAUCGCAAAGGUUCCAAAUUCCAAUGGAGCCCAAAUCACCAUCUCUGAUGCCAAAUCCACUGACACAGGCACAUAUUGGUGUGGAAUUGAAUAUCCGAACUCUGAUAUGUACAGACAACUUAAACUUAUAGUGAACGGGCCACCAGACUCACAUGACACCUCACUUAACAUGCUGUCAAACGUUAAGACUGCCCCGUUAACCUCCAGGAACAAGAACAGCCACCUCGACGGCUUGAACAUUGAUAACCCCGAAGAUAACACAGUUCAACAAACCCUCAGACAAUGUAAUGACAACAGUGCAUGUGCCCUAGCUGUUUUGCACAAAAAAGAACUGAAGAUCCCUGGAGAUUGUUGGGUUUGCCAUGCUUUAGCAGCUAGAUGGCAAGCAAAACCCCUAACUGCACAUGUUGCGCUACAAAGUCACGUAAAGGAAUCUUGGAACACGGAUCGUAAUAAAUGCACAAUUCCACUUGGAAUGAUGAUGUUACUCAUUGCUGGACAACAAAUCAGGAAUAAUGCACCGGUUGUUCCACACCCCAAUAUCUCCUGUGUCGAUUCCCAUUCAGCCCCGAGUAACAUGGCAUUUGAAGUUCCCUUACAGCAUGCAGAAACCUGUGUUUGUUCAACAUCCUCAUCAGGUCCUUACCUUGGCCAAUCAAGCUGUCAAACUAGAAUAUUUGUGAACACUACAACAUCAGCUAAUUGUUCUCACAGAGGGACUGAUAACACCCUAACAAGAUUUGCCUGCCCAUUUAGACAACUUUCAUCCCAACCAGGAAUAAUGUGGUCCUGUGGGAAAACAGCCUAUCAUGAUUUACCAUCUCUAUUUCAGUGGUCUGGUUGCUGCCAUCCGUCAAUUGUUACAACUGAUACAAAAGUCUUCCAUAAGAAGGCCCCUGCCACCGAUACUCAACAACACCACUAA